AUGGCACCUGUAUAUCCAUCCGAUACAUUGCACUUUGCCAAGCGCGCCCUCACAAAAGACCAGAUUGUCGAAGGCCUGACGCCGACACAUGACCAAAAGAUAACCUUGGUGGUUAUCGGCGCCUACGCGCUGGCCAUCCUCAUCCUCUGGAACAUGCCGUAUGUAAACUACAUCCUGUAUCCGUUCAAGCUGGUAACAGUAGCCCUACACGAGUUCAGUCACGCCGCCGCGGGGCUGUGCACAGGCGCCAAAAUCAAAUCCAUCACAAUCGAUCCCGACGAGGGCGGCCUGACGCGCAUGGUCGGCGGCAAGUGGUUCUGCACGAUGCCUGCGGGAUAUCUGGGCAGCUCGUUCCUGGGCGCGCUGAUGGUGUUUGCCGGGUUCAAUGUCCUGGCGUCGAAAGUCGUCUCGGUGUUUAUUGGCGUCUGCCUACUGGCUACGCUGUUCUGGGCACGCAACUGGCUGACGCGCGGCAUCACACUGCUGUUUGUUGGGCUGAUUGUCGGCCUGUGGUUCACGCCCAGAGGUAUUGGGCUGAAAUACGUGGUGCUGUUCAUGGGCGUCAUGAGCUCUCUGUACAGCGUCUGGGACAUCAUGGAUGACACUAUUCGGAGAAAGGUCAACGAGAGCGACGCGUCGCGGUUCGCAAAGGAGACGCACUGCAGCUCGCGGUGCUGUGGACUCAUAUGGCUUAUCAUUGCCCUGGUGUUCCUUGUUGCUGCCAUCCUGCUCGGCAUUGCCUUCUUGAAAAAUGACCCGGCGGUGGCGUCCAAGUAA